AUGAUUAGAGGAUUAUCCAGGAGAUCGACUGCUUUCAAGCUAAGACGAUUUGGUAUUCCAAAUCACUCCGUGGUAAAAUAUAGAUCGACAUCUAGUGAUCAUGACAAGUUGAAAUUAGACUCUUCUACUUAUGAAUUUAUUAAAGAUGAUGAUUUUGGGUCAUCUGUUUCGUCAGAAGCAUCAUCGUUACCGUUUGAAAUGAGAAGACAUGGUGAGCUUUUUGGACAGCUUGUUAGAAGCGAAAGUUUGAAGAAGGAUAAUAAUUUGAAUGAGACAGACGAAGAUUAUGUAAAGAGGCAAGGCCCCCAAAAUGGACAAUAUAUGUACGAUUCACCAUUUCGUAAUGAAGAUGGAUCAUUUAUUAAAGGAGAUACUGCAGAAGAAGCGAGACUACAUGACUUAACGUUGGUGGGAAGAAGUGAUCGGAGUGUCACGAAAUUGCCGUCUGAGAUUGCAAAUUGCAUCAAUAAUAAUAUUUUAAGGAUGGUAUACCCCGAUAGACUAAGAGAAAAAGCAGCAAAGAUUUACCAGAGUUUAAAUAAGGAUCAGAUUCAAAAUGCACCCGAAACGGCCUUAGAUUGUGAUGCACAUAUUGCAGCUUUAUUUUUGCAGGAUUAUUCACAUGUCCGUCAGGUAUUGCUAGAAUUGCAAAAAAGGGUUGGAAAGGACAAUUUUAAUCCAAAAAGUGUUCUUGAUAUUGGAUAUGGGCCAGCUACGGGUAUGGUUGCAUUGAACGAAAUAAUGGGGGAUGAAUAUAUUCCUGAUGAAAAAGAUGCGUACAUUGUUGGGAGAAAUAAUUUUGAGAUGAAGAAGCGAGCCAAGAUCAUUUUGUCUCGUCAAAUGAAUGAAAAUCUCACUGAAGAGGACGUAGAGGAAGAUUCGACUAAUGAUGUAAGCGAAGAAAACGAUGUUACAGAAAGUGACAAACUGCAAAUCGAAGAGGAAUCAGAGAUACAAGAGGAAGAACAAGAAGAAUUGGAUGAGGAAUAUAUUGGACCUGUUCUGACAUCGGAUAUUAAACUUAAAACGAAGUUGAGAGAUUCUUUACCUGUAACCAAAAAAUACGAUUUAAUUAUUGUAAACCAGGCAUUAUUAACCAGAGAAUUUAAUUUUCCAAGAGACAUCGACAUCAAUAUUCAUAUGAUCUUAAAAUUAUUGAGUCCUGGAGGUCAUUUAGUACUAGUUGAAAGAGGUAAUGCAUUGGGAUUUGAAACAAUUGCAAGAGCAAGGCAAAUAAUGAUUAGGCCAGAAUCUUAUAAUACUGAAAUUGGAAAAGUUCCAAGACCAUACGUUAAAGGAUCGAAAUUGAAACCUCAGAAAUUAAAAAAGGAUGAUCAGCUUAUCACUGAGGAUGAUAUCAAGUUUGAGGAGGAAUUACUUGCGAAAUAUGAAAGAGAAGAUGAACAGUUGUUUGAACAAGAAUUAAAUGAGAAAUAUGGUAAACCUAGCGAGGACGACUUGAAAUUCGAAAUGGAGGAUAAUGAGGAGUUUGAAAUUAUUCCUGUGGAAGAAGAAGCAAAGUUAGGCACAGAAAGUGUUGAUUUUCAUAUAAGUAUAAUCGCUCCUUGCCCUCAUCACGGAAAAUGCCCAUUGCAACUAGGCGAUCCCAAAUAUUAUAAAAUCCCAUCUCACAAACACAGAUUAAAUUUCUGCUCUUUCAAUAAAACAGUUGAAAGACCAAAAUAUACAAUGGAAUUGAAAAAAGGACGCAGAUUAUCAACCGCUUGGGAUAAAUCUUCGGAAGAUGGAUUUGGUAUCGAUAAACUUUCGAAGAAGACUUUGCAGAAUUUAGAAGGCUCAGGAAGACCAUCAGGUAGGAACACUGAAUCAGGAUCGUUUUCAUAUUUGAUUGCCGAAAGAGCGUUAAAUGACGUCGAAACAAUCAAGAAAAUUGAAAGCGAACGUGAAUAUAACAGUUCAAACAAGUUGGAAGAAUUUGAUCCUACGAACUGGCCGAGAGUUAUUGACAAUCCUACAAAAAUAAAGAAUAAUGUGAAGUUAAAUGUCUGUUCACCAUCUAGUAAUAUCGAAACCUGGCAAAUACCUAAGAGUUUGGGUAAACAAGUCUAUCAUGAUGCAAGAAAGGCAGACAGAGGCGAUUCAUGGGCAUUAGGCAAGAAGAGUGUAAUUGUGAAAAACCAGAUUUCUGAUAAGACCAGAGAAAAACUAGACUUUCUUUCCAAGGCUCACAAGAAAACUUUCUUAAAGGAACAAAGAAAGAAGAAGUUUAAAAAGAUUGUCAGCUCGUCGGAAAAUGCUUUCGAGGACGACAUCGUCAGUUUUGCUGACUCCUUGGCGACUUCGAUUGAGUCUUCAAAGAAAUACAAAACCAAGGGGAAGAAGGCGGGUUUCACCGUCAACCCAGCCGAUUACGAUGGCAAAUAG